AUGGAUCUAAAAGUGAGUAAAGAGUUAGCAUUAGUUAUCACUGAUCUAGGAUGUAUCCUAUUAGCAUCAGAUAAACCGACUUCUCAGCAGCUGGUGAAUUUACAUUUGGAAAAAUCUACUCAACGCAAACUUUGGAUGAUCGGGAAAUCGGCAUAUUUACAAGUUGGAAACUUGCAGUUCUGGCUUAUUCAUGGAUGUCGUAAUGUAGAUUGUCAAAAUAGAAACUGCGCAUCUUCUGCUAAUUUUGUGCAUUCGGGUAUUACUCCAAAUCAAGCGGCUGCACUAGCAAUAGAGUUAACAGUCAACCGUGCUGAUCUUUGUUUACGUACCAACACGGUCUUAUCGUCCACAGGAAUGAGCGAUGCGUCAAAUUCACGUUCUGUGGAACCUGGAAGAAAUAGUGACGACAAUAGUGGUGAAACAUCAAAUGAAACCAAUGAAGCUUCUAGUUACCUUUCUCAAGAGCUUUUAAAUCCUCAAACGACUUCUAAUCCUUCAUCACAACAGCUCGCUAAUCCAGAUACCAUAACAUCAGGAACUGACGAAAGUUCAUUUCAUUCUCUAAUGACACCUGCAGACGUUACUCGUUUAAUCAUGUUUCUAUUUGAUGCUUCAGAAAAUGACGAAAUAAGUUCUUCUCAGCUAGACGAGCCAGCUUCUGCGAUUGUGACAGAGGACUAUUCAACGGAUCAAGAUAACUCUUUAACUUCCGCUUUCCGUAGUCGAAAUCCUCUGUUCGGUACAUCUAGGCCAUCCAGUUCGAGUUCUGAUACUUUGAAAGCCAUCAAGGCACCAACAAACCAAACUAACCACACAACCGCAUCUUCAAAUACAUCUGUUGAACGUGAAUCUCGUAAAACUGGUUUGUCAUUAACCGAGUUACAAAAGUCUAUUGAAAUUGGGAGAAAAAAUGGGGAGUGGUCUUGCAUUAUAAGUUUGUUAAACUCAGUUUUCAGCUCGUAUGAGGCAUUAUCAAGCAGUUUUUUACAUGAGUCUUGUGUGACUAAUCCAGAAAGGCAAUAUGAAAAGGACAAAAAAGCUACUGAUAUCUCAGAUGCAUCGCUGUGUAGCACCAGUACCAAAACACUAGAAGAUUUGAAUGUGAUUUCACCAGCGGUAAAUAAUUCCGAUGGCUCGGUUGAUAACAGAAAAGAAUCUUCUUCUUGGGUCGAAAGCAUGACUAAUAUUUCUUCAACAAGAGAUUUUUCGAUUUAUCAAAAUGAUGUAGAAAUGGAUGAUAAUGAUAAUCAACAAGUGAGCACAUUGAUGAAUUCUAGUGAAAAAUCAAAAAACACUAUUUAUUGGCCAACUGUUAAUUUAAAUGAUUUACGUAAAGCUUGGCAUAUGAUUGUUUCAAUACCGGAACGUCAAACUAUUGUUGAUACAUUAAUGCGAGCUGUUCGUCGUUUGGUUGUGAUAAGUUUACAUCAACUUUUAGUGGUUCAAGCACCGGAUGGAUUAGAUGAUAGUCAGCCAACACCUGAAAUAGCUGUGAUUCAACAACGACUAGUGAAUUUAUUUAUUAUUCUUUAUGAAUGUCCAUUUGCAACGGAUCCUUUACAUUUUGAGCUUUUACUGUUAAAUAUUAAUCGUGCAGUUACUUCACUUCCAACUACAGUACAAGUUAUGCUAUGUAAAGCAUGGGCUGAUUCUGUACACACACCAUUAGCUAAUUGUACAGAACCACCAAAUCCGGAACAAACUAAUUUAUGGUGUCUACAAAAAAUUCUGCUGCAUCAUAUUACUUUACGUUGUUUAACAACGGAUCAUGGUUUACCAAAUGAAGAUAAACAGAUUUGUGAAGCAGCACUUGUAUUACGUAUUGUUUAUUAUGCUAGUCUAUUGGCUGGUCAAAUGGAUCCACCGGAAUUACUAGAAAUGGAAGCUGAAGAAAAUAAACUAUUUGAACAACAAAUGCGUUCUCAUAUUGGACCUACUUACGAAAGACGUUCUCGUGUUAGUUUACCUGAAGAUCCAUUCGCUAAAGCAUUGAAUAUUUCUCCUAAUGAUUGUCGUAAACCAUUUAUUCCAGUUAAAGAUUUUGUAAAUGAAACACUCAAUGAUGGACUACAGCCGAAAAAAGAUUAUAUAUACUAUCGUUCCAAAGGUAUAUCAAGUGAAUUAAGCUUUAUGAAAUUACCAUUUUUAUUACAAACUAGUUCAAAAUCUGUUCUAUUAUAUUAUGAUAAUCGUAUGCGUAUGCUAGAUGAACGUCGUGGUGUUUUAAUGCAUACUUUUUUCAUGGAUACACCUGAAAUGCCAUUCUUCAAAUUACGUGUUCAUCGUGAUAGAAUUGUUGAAGAUGCUUUGUUAAUUUUAGAAAUAGCGUGUAUGGAAAAUCCGGGUGAUUUUAAAAAACAACUUCUUAUUGAAUUUGAUGGUGAACAAGGCAUUGAUGAAGGUGGUCUAAGUAAAGAAUUUUUCCAAUUGAUCAUUGAACGAAUUUUUAAUCCAGACUAUGGUAUGUUUGUAUUAGAUGAAGAAACUCAAAAUUAUUGGUUUAAUCCAGUUCCUCUGGAUGAUAUGGAACGUGAAUAUUGUUUAAUCGGGACUUUAUUGGGUUUAGCAAUUUAUAAUGAUGUUAUAUUGGAUAUUAAUUUCCCGUCAGUAUUAUAUCGAAAACUAGUUGGAAAAUUGGGCACAUUUGAAGAUUUGUUUGAUGCGUCACCUAGUUUAGCACAAGGAUUAAAAAGUUUACUAGACUAUGAAAAUGAUGAUGUUGAAAAGGUUUUUGGUUGUACAUUUACUGUGGAUUAUUUGGAUCCUUUCGGUAAUGCUGUGACACAUGAAUUAAAACCGGAUGGAGCUAAAAUUCCAGUGACCAAAGAAAAUCGUAAAGAAUAUGUAGAUUUGUAUGCUGGUUUUCUGUUGAAUGAUUCUGUUAAAAAACAAUUCAAUGCUUUCAGAAGAGGUUUUCAAAUGGUUGUCGACGAGAGUCCAUUAACAUUUUUAUUUCGUCCAGAUGAAUUAGAACUACUUAUUCGUGGUAGCCCAGUAUAUGAUUUCACCGAAUUAGAAAGAGUCACCACUUAUGAAGAAUAUACAGCCGAUUCAUCUGUGAUUAAAAAUUUCUGGUCUGUAGUACAUUCAAUGACUAAAGAACAACAAAAACAAUUAUUACAAUUUUCCACUGGUUCCGAUCGUGUACCAGUUGGUGGUAUGUCAAAAAUGAAAUUUACUAUAGCACGUCAAGGAGCUGAUACUAAUAGGUUACCAUCUGCUCAUACAUGUUUCAACAUACUUUUAUUACCGGAAUAUGAAAGUUUAGAGAAAUUACAACAAUCAUUGUUAUUGGCGAUAACACAUUGUAAAGGAUUCGGAAUGUCGUAG